AGAAAAUUCUCGUUCUGUACAUUUCCUGUAGAGGCUGAAGCUUUCCCUCUCUUUCUCGCAAAACCCACAUAAUCCAAAAAGCUUUAUUUCAAAUCGAUCAAAGGGAAGGAAAAUCGAUUUCUUCGUCGCUGCCGAUUACAGAAGAAUCAAAAGUAUCUUAUUCCUUGUGGGAUUACAGAAGGAAACAAGAUAAUGGGAUUCAAGAAACUGGGUUUAUUCCUCAUCGUUAUAUUCUUGUUUCUGAUUCAUCUGCUUCCUCUGCUUGCACAACCCUCGUUAAAUACCUCUACUGCUAUUACUGACCAAAAAAUCGGCAGAGGAGAAGGAAUGACAGGAAGAUUUGAAGUUGCAACAGGGCUCCAGCGGCUGUUCGCAGUAAACAGAAAGGGCGGAGGCCAUGGAGGUGGCCAUGCAGGUGGCCGUUCAACAGGAACCGGAGCACAUGGUGGAGAGGAUAAAGGUAAUGGUGAUGCGGGAGCCACACACGGUUCAACCGUAGUUCCUGUGUAUGCUGCUGGGGCUAUGAACCAUCACCAAUAUAAUAGCCACCACCAUGGUUCUAAUGAAGGCUCCCCGAACUACGCUGUUUCCAGUUGUUUGGUUCUCGUAGCUUUGGCUGUUAUUCUUCUGGAGUAUUUUGCUUAGCUUACCGUAGUGCAGUUUAUAGUGUACUAAAUCACGACUAGAUUUGAUGUGAAACCUAGUGUGAUUUUUCUCCCAACUUCUGAAAGAAAUAUAUCACUUCCAAUUAGCUUAAGAACUUGAUAUUUUGUAAAUUUUUAGCAUAUAAAGAGAGAGACACAGAUAGACCCUCAGCACAGAAUGUCGAGUUACAGAACGUAGGAUUCAAAGUCUGAGGUAGAGUUCCAAAACUUCUUUGUGUUAUUUACCUUUUUUUCAUUUAAAACGUAUCUGUUGUGCCAUAAUUAACAAUUACGGUUCCAUAUUUAAAAAAAAGUAUACAAAAGUGUUUUAAAUUUUUUGUUCUAUA